UCGACCACCACCCGUCCGCCGCCCGGACGCCUGGGCCGCAGAGUUUGUGUCCCGGCUCGGACCCCGGUGCCCAGCCCGGAGCCGUAACCUUGAGACGGCAGCGGCGGCGGGGCUGGGCCGGGCCGGGCCGGGGGGCGGCGGUGCUGGAUCGGCGGCUGCCCGAUCGUUGGCGGGAGAUGUCGAACCCCGGGACGCGCAGGAACGGCUCCAGCAUCAAGAUCCGUCUGACAGUGCUGUGCGCCAAGAACCUUGCCAAGAAGGACUUCUUCAGACUCCCUGACCCCUUUGCUAAGGUCGUCGUGGACGGCUCUGGGCAGUGCCACUCAACCGACACUGUGAAAAACACUUUGGACCCCAAGUGGAACCAGCAUUACGAUCUAUACGUCGGGAAGACGGACUCCAUCACCAUCAGCGUGUGGAACCACAAGAAGAUCCAUAAGAAGCAGGGGGCCGGCUUCCUGGGCUGCGUGCGGCUGCUGUCCAAUGCCAUCAGCCGGCUCAAGGACACGGGCUACCAGCGUCUGGAUCUGUGCAAACUCACCCCGUCAGACACUGAUGCAGUCCGAGGCCAGAUCGUGGUCAGUUUACAGACACGAGACAGAAUAGGCACUGGUGGGUCAGUGGUGGACUGCCGGGGACUGUUGGAAAAUGAAGGAACGGUGUAUGAAGACUCGGGGCCCGGGAGGCCACUCAGCUGCCUCAUGGAGGAGCCCGCCCCUUACACUGAUGGCACUGGGGCGGCCGCGGGGGGCGGGAACUGCAGGUUUGUGGAAUCCCCAAGUCAAGAUCAAAGGCUUCAGACACAGCGGCUCCGGAACCCCGACGUGCGAGGGUCCCUGCAGACGCCCCAGAACCGCCCUCAUGGCCACCAGUCGCCUGAGCUGCCCGAAGGCUACGAACAAAGAACGACCGUUCAGGGCCAGGUUUACUUUUUGCACACACAGACUGGCGUUAGCACAUGGCACGACCCCAGGAUUCCCAGAGACCUCAACAGUGUAAACUGUGAUGAACUUGGGCCACUUCCACCAGGCUGGGAAGUCAGAAGUACAGUUUCUGGGAGAAUCUAUUUUGUAGAUCACAACAACCGGACAACCCAGUUUACGGACCCAAGGCUGCAUCACAUCAUGAACCACCAGUGCCAACUCAAGGAGCCCAGCCAGCCACUGCCACUACCCAGCGAAGGCUCUGUGGAGGACGAGGAGCUGCCAGCGCAGAGGUACGAGCGCGACCUGGUCCAGAAGCUGAAGGUCCUCAGACACGAGCUGUCCCUUCAGCAGCCCCAGGCGGGGCACUGCCGCAUUGAAGUUUCCCGAGAAGAGAUAUUUGAGGAGUCAUACCGUCAGAUCAUGAAGAUGCGGCCGAAGGACCUGAGGAAGCGGCUGAUGGUGAAAUUCCGUGGGGAGGAAGGCCUGGACUACGGCGGUGUGGCGCGGGAGUGGCUGUGCCUGCUGUGUCAUGAGAUGCUCAACCCGUAUUACGGGCUCUUCCAGUACUCUACGGACAACAUCUACACGCUGCAGAUCAACCCCGACUCCGCCAUCAACCCUGACCACCUGUCUUACUUCCACUUCGUGGGCCGGGUCAUGGGCCUGGCCGUGUUCCACGGCCACUACGUCAACGGCGGCUUCACGGUCCCCUUCUACAAGCAGCUCCUGGGGAAGCCCAUCCAGCUGUCUGACCUGGAGUCGGUGGACCCAGAGCUGCACAAGAGCCUGGUGUGGAUCUUGGAGAACGACAUCACGCCAGUGCUGGACCACACGUUCUGCGUGGAGCACAACGCUUUCGGGCGGAUACUUCAGCACGAGCUGAAACCCAAUGGCAGAAACGUGCAGGUCACCGAGGAGAACAAGAAGGAGUACGUCCGGUUGUACGUCAACUGGAGGUUCAUGAGAGGCAUCGAGGCUCAGUUCCUCGCCCUGCAGAAGGGCUUCAACGAGCUCAUUCCACAGCAUCUCCUGAAGCCCUUCGACCAGAAGGAACUGGAGCUGAUCGUCGGGGGCCUGGACAAGAUCGACCUGAACGACUGGAAAUCCAACACGCGGCUGAAGCACUGCAUGGCCGACAGCAACAUAGUCCGCUGGUUCUGGCAGGCGGUGGAGACCUUCGACGAGGAGCGGAGGGCCAGGCUGCUGCAGUUCGUGACUGGAUCCACGCGUGUCCCCCUCCAAGGCUUCAAGGCCCUGCAAGGCGCCGCAGGGCCCCGGCUCUUCACCAUCCACCUGAUCGACGCCAACCCUGACAGCCUCCCCAAGGCCCACACCUGCUUCAACCGCAUCGACAUCCCGCCUUACGAGUCCUACGAGAAGCUGUACGAGAAGCUGCUGACGGCGGUGGAGGAGACGUGCGGGUUCGCGGUGGAGUGAAGGCGCCGGCCGGCAGCGUCGCGUCACCACCAGGCCAGGGGCGGCGGCCUUGUCGCGCUCCCACAGCGGGCCGAGCCCGCGUUCCGGGUAACCGAGGACAGGUCGCCUCCCUCGCUGGGGAGCGGGGGACUUGGUGGCUCCCACCCUGCGGCCCUCCUGACUCCGGUUCUGCACCCAUCCACGUCCAUCCGCUCCGCAGGCGACCCGCGGCCGAAGGGGCCGCGCCCUCGCCACACCUCGCGGCCCCUUUCCCGUUCAGCUCGGAUUCCAAAUUUCACGUCCUCGCUCCCCGGCUGGAAAGCCACUGUGGAGCCCCGCGGUGGCAGGGGCCCGUGUCGCAGUGCGUCCGGGAGGCACUUUGCACAGUGGGAAGCCAUCUUUCCUCCAGGAGUCCCUUGCCACGCUCUAUCCAGCUGAGGCUCUUCCUGGUCCAAGACCAGGUGACAGUGACCAGUGACCUGCCUCGGGCCCACCGCGGGUGCAGUCUCGACUGUGUCUCCUGAGAUGCAGUGGUCACUGAGAGCCAGGCUCGCCACACAGCUGCUGCCACAGCAGGGAGGGGACAGUGGCCUUGCUGGAGCUGGCAGUGAGCGUCAGGCUGAUGGCAGGGCCCUUUCCCCAGACGCAACGCCACCAUGCCACCACCUCCCGCGUGUGACACUGCGAGUCAGGCCAAAGCCAGCGUCAGCUCCGUGUCUAGCUCCGUUCCCAGUUUGCACAAAAGUUUUACACAGCUAACCUUCCUGGAGAGACGGUGACAAGUUUUCUGGAUGGCUCGGGUUUUGUGUGGUUUGGGGGUGGGGACAGGAACAGGGUGAUCCAUUAGCGAGACAUUUCACCAAUGACAUACGCGCUUGGCUUGGGCCCCAGCCGGGCCAGCAUGGAGGCGGACAGCCUUGGGGACAGCUUACCUGUCACCUGGGCUAGUGCGUGUGGAGGACAACGACUGGCCCUCCACGUCUGCACGCGGUUUGUGGAGUGCAGACCCUCCCCAAGAGACCGGCCCAGCUUGGUGGCCACUGGCCCACAGGGCACAAGGUCUUUGCCACACUCGGCCUGCUGAGGUGUGGGACAGAAGGGCUGCCAGGUGCCACAGUGGAGUCUGAUCACUCAGGCCCAGGCCGGCUGUGGCCUUAUCCGCCUUCUGCUUCCCAGGAGGGCUCACGCUCACCAGGACACCGCCGAGGGCGCUCCAUCCAGACCCCGGCCGCCCAGGAGCCGUGUGGCCUUCCCCAGUGACAACCCCAGGCCAGCGAGCCCGACGCAGAGCGAAGGCGCCAGCACUGCCCGAUGGGAGCCGGGCUCCCGUGCUCUGGGACGUGCGGCAGGAUGCGUGUGACAUCUGGAGUGAGCCGCGUCGGGUUAACAUCCGGGAUCAGGCCAUCUGUCCACACUUCCUGGCCCUGUCCGUCCCUCCGUCCCGCCCACCCGCCCAGAUGCUUCAGGGGCAACGCCAGGCUCGGCCCCGCCAGCAGCCGACACUCAGGGAUGCGGCACGUCACCGCUCCGCGGUGCUUGGGGUAGAAGAGCGAGGCGGCCACCUGGGGUGACGUGGCCACGCCGCAGUCCACAUGCGGGCGGGUGGCCUCCUGCAGAGCGCCCUGACCACUGCGGCCAGGGUGCCACAGGGCGGCCUUCCCCACACAUAGCGUGGACUCAAAACGUGUUUAUUUUUGUUUCUCAACCACUUUAUAAUGUAUUUUUUAAUUUAUUUUGUAACGUCUUGUUUUUAAGUAUUGCUGCUAUUCUUGUUAUUCUUCCCACUGUUUUUACCGCGGACUGACUGACUGACUUUGUGACAGAUGGACACUACUGUUCUGUUUUCUGGCGGAAUCAGAGGCAUUGAAGGACACGCAGGGGCAGUUGCGCGGUCGCAGGGGCAGCUGGAGCGCUGACGUGCGGCCGGGCGGCCGGGUGGCCGGGGUCACGUUCCGUAUGCAAUAAACUCACUUGACAGCU